AUGCCGUCGCUGGAACCCUCAUAUCAGCAAGAGGUUGAUGCUUUGCUGCAAGAUCUCUCACUAAACAAACCCAAGGACGUCGUCCAGCACUGCGCCAACUACUUCAAUCGUAAACUAGAAUCCGAGAGAGCUUCCCACCACCCAGCUUCGUGCUCAAACAUGGCCGACACUGCGGGGCCCUUCGAUCGACCUCGAAACCCUAAUGCUAUUGAGGAAGAGGAGGAAGAACGUGAUACCUUUGGCUCCCCUACACAACCCAACUAUCGCUCCAAUGCUUCACCCUUCUCGGGCUCGUCGCCCUUCUCAGCAGGUUCAACUACAACUGCAGGCAGCCUGUUUGGCAAUUGGAUGGGUGGGCAUGGAGCAACAGACGAUGCUGAAGCUGCACAACAUACCCCAGCAAACUUUCCAGGAGCCGGUCGACGAACUUCUGUCUCGGCAGAAGCCAUGCAACCAGAUGCAGACUCGGGUAACUGGCGACCACCUCACCACCAGAAAACACCAGAUCAGCUAGAGAGACUAAGGGCUGCCGUCUCUAGCAAUUUCUUGUUUACCCAUCUUGACGAAGAAUCCUUCAGUCUCGUCCUAGGUGCACUAGGCGAGAAAGCUAUUCCUGCAGCCAACAUUCGGGUUAUUAACCAGGGUGAUGAAGGUGACUAUUUCUACGUUAUCGAGUCUGGCGAAUUCGACGUAUAUAUACAUGGCGAUGGUGCGCCUGCUGGUGCGGACGUCGGCAAGAAAGUAGCCACUGUUGGUUCUGGAGGCAGCUUUGGAGAACUCGCCCUUAUGUACAAUGCUCCUCGUGCUGCCACUGUUGUAUCGACCGGCAAGAGCAUGUUAUGGCAACUAGACCGUAUAACGUUCCGAAAGAUUCUGAUGACCAAUGCCUCGGAGCGAAGAAAAAUGUACGAAGGCUUUUUGGAGGAUGUACCGCUAUUAGCUGGCCUGAAACAAUACGAGCGAGCCAAGAUCGCCGAUGCUCUAGAAACUGUCAAGUUCGCUGCUGGCCAAAACAUCAUCACCGAAGGAGAACCAGGAACCAACUUCUACAUGCUCGAGUCUGGUAAUGCACAAGCUUUCAAACAAGGGGUUGACCACCCGGUGAAGGAGUACAAGCGAGGUGACUACUUCGGCGAAUUAGCUCUGCUGAACGAUCGACCACGUGCUGCCUCCGUUAUCGCUCAGUCAGAUUGUAAGGUCGCCAGAUUAGGUAGAGACGGCUUCAAGCGACUACUAGGUCCCGUCGAGAGCACUAUGAGACAACAGGAGUAUGAGGGACAUGGAGAUCCGCUGCAGCAGAGCACUACCGCGACCUAG